AUGGCCACCGGCGACACCGUGCCGCCCAUGGCACUUUCCAGCCCGGCCCCGCCUGUCCUGGACAACAGCCCCAGUAACCUCUCAAGCCCGCUCAGCGACCCUGAGGACCGGGACGGAUACGGCGACGAGGCGGAUCUCGACAUGCGCGACGGCCACAACACGCCCACCCGUAAUGGAGUCAAGACCGCUAUCGAUUCCGACGCCGCGUCCGAGUCAGACGACGAAAGCAAGCUAUCCGAAGUGGACGUCAAUGAUUCGGAAGCCGAAACAGAACGUCUUUAUGAUACCCCACCAAAGAACGGCGCGACACGCGACAUAAUAAACACGGCUGGCGAAGGAAAUCGGCGAUUCACUGACCGCCGAGAUCGACUGUUCGAGCGCAGCCCGAGCAAGCUCCACCAACAACUUCGAGCCGACCUAGACACAAGGGAAGAUUCCAGCCGCCACAAUUCUGGUUCCGACGGCGAAGAUGAUGACGAAAGGGAUGCUUCAUUACCCCCCAGCGACCCCGAGCCCGAGCCGAUUAAAGAAACUCGACUCCGAGGGGCCUUGCUAGCGAGGAAAAGCCAAGUUGUUGCCCCCAACGAUGGACCAACUUCACACCCCAGGAGGAGCUCCGGCGAUUCGCGAAAAAGGAAGCGGCCUUCUAUGGUUGAGCACUCAGAACUAGAACAGCCGCUUAAGAAGCGGUCUGGGUCGGUCACUGCCGCCGACCGUGGCAAUACCGAGGACGUCGCAAUGGUUGAUGAUGACGGGGUGUCGACAAACCCGCAAAGCGGUAAUCAUACCGCCGAAGAAGACAAUGAGGAGCUUGCGACGGCAGCGGAAGCCAAAGAGGAGCCCGCCGACACGGUUGAAGAAGACGUGGCGAUUGCGACCAGGACUCGAAAAGGGAGGCGCAGUCCUACAAAAAAGCAGAAGAGUAAAAGCCCCGAGGAAGCUAAAGAGGACGCACCAGAUGAGCCUCCAGAGGACGGCGACGUCCAAAGUGUGGAAAUACCCACACCCCAAGCCGAGGACGACCACGCGGACGAGGCCGAUGAAGAGGCGGAGGCUGCCCACCGUAAUGAGGAAGAAUCGAUUGAGAAGCAAUUUACUAGCUUCCGUGAGCGCCUUUAUCAGGAACGUCUUGAACAACUCAACCAGGAAGAAGCGAUGCUCACGAGCGAUAACCCGACCCACCCCGAGUAUCUCGCCAUGCUACAGUGCUUAGAAGAACGGCGAUCUGAGAAGGUUCGGCGAAGCGAACUCGAACUACAAUUCAAAAUGUCGGUGCUUCGACGUCGAGCAGUGGCGGAACGCUCUCAGAUUAUGUCACAGUUUUUUCAAGCUGUCCGUGAACUGCGGGACGAAACAAUGGCAGAACUAGGCCAAGAGUGGUACCAGAUCCAACAAGAACGGCGACGGGCUGCCAACACGAUACCGGAUUAUGGGAUCCGGUUUCCUGUAGCGAGGGGCGAUGCAGUCCGAAACGCGGUUUCGUACAACAAGGAAGUCUCGGUGCUCUCUGGCUUUGCGAAACAUGUUGGGUUUCCAGCAGCGCCGGCUAUUCAUGGCGCCUCUGAGGAUCAACUGGAGGCUGAUCUAGAAGCUAUUCAGGCAAGUUAUGGCGGCGACGCGACCUACUUAAGUGUUCGGGAACCGAUGCAGAGGCAGACCUCGAAUCCCGGCCCCCCAUUCCGCCCAGAGUAUCCAGGCGGCCUUGCGUCAUUCGUACAGGGACUGGGAGCCGCGGGAGAACAGUUUAUUGAGCAGACCCCUUGGGCGAACCCCAACCACCCUUCUCACCGCAUGCAGCCACAGCCUCAGCCGGGACACCGCGAAGGAAAUCCUCAGCUCGCUCUUGCUGGCCCAUCAUCCGGCCCUAGAAGGCACUCAGGGCAACCUGGAGGAUUGUUCUCGUCGAGUACUACAACCAUACUCAAUGGCGAUUCCCCUGGGCAGGUCCAGAGAACGCACUCGCCGACUAUUGGGGAGCCUAGCUCCAAAAGGAACGCCGCGCCUGAGCCGCUCCGGCGGGAGCCCGCCGUUCAUGUGUCUUGA